AUGGUCGGACUGCGGGGUAUUGUGAGUACGCUAUGGCCUCGGGCGGGCAACCGGUCCGACAUUGCGCUUCUCAUAAAACGAGGCGGCCGCAUCAGCAGACUGCCUGUCCAGCCGUGUUGGCGAGCAGCCUACUCUUCAGAUGCUACGAGUGCGCGUCAGGGCGUGGCGACAAGCCCCAAGGAGGUCGAGAUCAACGGCAAGAAGUAUGCGACCGACCCGUGGUUUAAUGUAUCGUCCACCGUCCUCUCCUUGACUUCCCGGAAGUUGCAUCUCCAGAAAGACCACCCCGUGGCCAUCACGCGGAAAAUUAUCGAGUCGGUCUUCCCCCCGCCGACUUACAAAUAUUACAAUGAAUUCGACCCGGUCGUAUCGACCUACGAGAACUUUGACUCGCUGUGCUUCCCGCCAGACCACCCUGGCCGCGCCCGCUCCGACACAUACUACAUCAACAAGGAUACGCUCUUACGAACACACACCAGCGCCCAUGAGGCGGAGCUCUUUCGCGCCGGCGCCAGCGGCGGCUACCUCAUCAGCGCCGACGUCUACCGCCGCGACGAGGUCGACCGCAGCCACUACCCCGUCUUCCACCAGAUGGAGGGCGCCCGCGUCUGGGACCGGAACAAGGUGCCCAACGGUGACCUGGCCGCAGCCAUCUUCCAGGACCUCGACCGCCUCCCCAAGCACAACAUGACCGUCGAAGAUCCCAACCCGCCCUUCCACCCAGACCGCAAUCCUCUCCAGGUGGAGCACCACACGCCCGAGGAAGCCGCCGCCGUCGCAGCCCACCUCAAGCGCUCGCUCGAGCUGAUGGUCAACGAGAUUUUUUCUCGCGCCAAAGCCGCCGCCGCCUUCGCCACAGCAGCAAACAACGGUACCUCGCCAGUUGAACCCACCGAGCCCCUCCGCGUGCGCUGGGUCGAGGCCUAUUUUCCCUUCACCUCCCCCUCGUGGGAACUCGAGGUUUUCUACCAGGGCGAUUGGCUCGAGGUGCUAGGGUGCGGGGUAUCUAAGCAGGAGUUGCACAUCAUCGCGGGCGUGCCGUCUCAGAUCGGCUGGGCGUUCGGCAUCGGGCUGGAGCGCAUCGCCAUGUUGCUCUUCCAGAUCCCCGACAUCCGGCUGUUCUGGUCGCGCGACGAGAGGUUCCUGUCGCAGUUUCGAGGGGUCGAGGAUAACUUGGCGAGGAUGCGGCCCUUUGUGCCGUUCAGCAAGCACCCGGCUUGCUACAAGGAUGUGUCGUUCUGGUUGAAGGGGACGAGCGCCGCCGGCGGCGGGGGCUCCGGGAAGGGGGCGGUGGAUUGGCACGGGAAUGAUCUCAUGGAGGUGGUGAGGGAUGCCGCCGGGGAUUGUGUUGAGGAUGUGAGGCUGGUGGAUGAGUUUGUGCAUCCCAAGACGGGCCGGCGGAGUAUGUGCUACCGGAUCAACUAUCGCAGUCUCGAGAGGACGUUGACGAAUGCCGAGACGAACGAGAUGCAUGACAGGGUAGUCAGGGGGUUGGUGGAGCGGUUGGGGGUGGAGAUUAGGUAG